AUGAUAGCGGAAUUCUCAUUUGGAGAAGCACUCAAUGCCAUCCGUUCCUGGUCCAAAGGACAUGAGACUCCGAUCGUUUCCAAGAACGACAAGAAAGCAACAUUCAUGCCCCUGUGGACAAGCGAAGCAUGGGUCAAGAACAAAGACCCUGAGAGAAAAUCGCCGUUCCCGAAUCUGAUCAACGUCAUGGUCUCUGCUGGUGUGCCAACGCAGACCGCCCUGUCUGAAGCCAAGGAAAACCUCGGGCCGGGGACAGAUACAACGUCUGCCUCAUUGGCACACAUCCUCUAUGCUCUUUCGAGAAAUACAACCUACCAGAAGAAGUUGUACCAAGACCUCGCACGGGUUGGGUUUCCCACAGACAUGAGCGCUUUGGAGAGUAUUCCCCGACUGAAGGCCUGUGUGAAGGAAGGUAUCCGCUGGGCUGGAGCUGCGGCUGCAAUGCUGCCCCGCGUGGUUCCGGAAGGCGGCGUUGAGCUUUGUGGGAAAUUCAUACCGGAAGGAACCGUUGUUACCUCCUCGCCUAUCUGGUAUCUCAGAGACAAGUAUGCCUUUCCAAACCCUGAGCUAUUCGACCCCUAUCGCUGGAUUGAUGAGACGGGAACAAUUCUUACCGAGAACCCGAUACGAGACAAGUUCUAUGUCCCAUUUUCCAAGGGGCCCAAUAUUUGCAUUGGCAACCACUUCUCCUACUUUGAGUUGUUCUUGAGCCUGGCAAAGAUGGUGGAGAGUUUUGUUCUCAUCCACGCAGACGAGGAUGGCGGUGGAUUGGCACAAGCAGCCGGGCUGAUCAACUCCGACUGGCAGCCGGUUCAACUUCCCAAGAGAAAGGAGUGGGUUGCGGCGGUAGUGACGGAGCCACUGCUCGUCACGGCCAUCCCAAGAACUCGUGAGUAA